AUGGCCGUGGUCGAACAUACCAUCACAAAGCACUGCCCCAUCCUUACUCCUGGGGAUGUCACCCCUCACAUCAUCCACCAUCUUGAGAUGUCGUUUGGGGAAUACCUUGUCGUGCGUGGCAUUGAAGACACUGACCAUGUGAAGAACAUCCUCAGAGCCUUCAAGGACAUACAUAUCUGGGAUUGGAUUGCCAGUGACUACACCUGCCUGCUUACUCUCUCCUUCAAGGAGUUCAUGUCAGAGUUCAGACAGAAUUACCUUGAAGAGGACUGGGAGAUGCAAGUGAAUGUUUCCAAGUCCCAGAGAAGCAACAAGCGUCAGGCAUUGUCAGGUAAAGGCCACAAUGCAAACACCCAAGCCUCCUCAUCCCAACCUACUGAUAGUUCCAAUCCUCCCAAGCUCACCGAGGCUGAACGCGCACUCCUACUUGCUCAUGAUGGGUGCCUGAAGUGCCAUCAGUUCAACGUGGGCCACAGGAACUUUGCAUGCCCAAAUAGCUUUCCCUCUGGCAAUGGCUACAAGACCAUAACUCUGGCAGCGGAUGCUGCUGGUCACCCUGCCAAAAACAAGCCUAACACAUCUGGCUCUGACGCUAAAGGGAAGAUGGUUGCUUCCAUUUCAGAGGCCAAGUCCAACUCUGAUAGUAGUUUCGUCGCUGCAGUCGGCCCCUCUUGUGUCCUCAGCAACAGGUCGGAGUCGGGUGACUCCUCCUUUGGUGAUGUUGUGAGUGCUCCAAUCUGUGCUAAGCAUUUUGUGUGGCAAUACACCAUUGACGGCCCUUUGGGGGAUUAUCCAGUAAAGAUCUCCACACUUGUUGACUGUGGCGCACACGUCAUCCUAAUCCACUCCGACCUUGUCUGCUCUCUUGCGCUACCUAUCCACACCCUUGAUGAACCUUUUCACAUAAACACGGCCCUCAAUGACAAUGGAAAAAAAUGCUUCAAUGCUGUUCUACAUAAUUAUGUCUUCCUCUUGGUUACCUCUCUUGAUGGACAAUUCACUUCCAAACCUGUUCGUGCCCUUGUGGCCAACAACCUCUGCAUGUCUGUAAUUCUUGGCCUCCCAUGGUUAAUACACAAUGGCAUUGUUGCCGAUUUUGCAAACCGUUCUUGUAUUGUUAAGAAAACGGGGUAUAACCUUCUUCACCCCACACCCAGACCUCCUUCUCAACCACCAAAACCAAAGCUGCGUAAAUUGGUGGAACAGACAAAGGCUGAUAAGAAGCAGGCUCUUGUGGAACUUGUAACAGUUUGCCAGGAGAAGAUCGCAAAUGGGACUCUGACCUUUGAGGCGGUUAGCCCCAUUGACAUCAUUGCAGCAGUUAAAGAGCACAUUGAGGUGCUUGCAAAUGCAGCGGAUCUGUGGGAGCAUGACACAAGCAUGAAGGACCAUUACAAGGAUGUAUUUCAGCCUAUCCCGCAUUUCAAUGACCUCCCAAAAGACUUCAUCUCCUGCAUACAGCUAAAGGAUGCAGAAAAAACAAUUCAAGAAAAUACCGAGAAGCUUGGCAAGUCCUUAUCAAACAGCAUUUAG